AUGAGCCGACGAGGCUGGUACCAGAAAGCUGCAGAUCACUGGGCAGCGCAGGCGGCCACGUUGGACGGGGUCUUGGGUGGCUUCCCCGAGACCAGCGAGCCGGACCUGCGCGAGUCCAGGAGACGGUCUCGACACCGAAGACCGCGGGGCGCGAGGACCGCCAAACCCUCCGAAACGCGAGAUCGUCUUGGAUUGCGGCGCUGGAAUUGGACGGGCCGGGCGGCCUUGGACAGAAGGUUCGAGCGCGUCGAUCUGGUCGAGCCCAACGAUCGGCUCUUGGAGGAGGCGAAGAAACAGGCUCCGGCUCCAAGCCCGGAGGGAAACUGGCUCCGGCACCUGGGCGAAGCCCCCGACAGCCCACAGCCGGCAGUUGGUGCCCGCGCGGAGCGUUUAAUUGCCUCCUCUCUGGAGAAGUUUGAGCCAGAGGAAGGAAGGUACGACGUCAUCUGGGCCCAGUGGGUCUUACUGUACUUGACGGACGAAGACUUGGUGGCCUUCCUGCAGCGAUGCAAGAAGGGUCUGCGUCCGAAUGGCAUGAUUUUUGUGAAAGAGAAUGUCGUGAUCGAAGGGACGCUCUGGCUGCUUUGA